AUGGCUUCCAAAUUGACCUUAGAUGGCGGCAUCGCCUUGGUGACUGGAGCCGCUUCCGGUAUCGGCAAGGAGGCCGCACUGGCCUUUGCGGAAGCUGGGGCAAAAGGUGUUGUCCUCGCGGAUAUCAACGUGGAAGGCCUCAAGAAAGUCGCCGAAGAAAGCAAAGGCGUUGCUAAGCACACCAACUACCAAGCCCUUGUUGUCGAGCUGGAUAUAGGUGAUGAGCAGAGCGUUCAGAACCUAGUUGCAACGACGGUUGAGGAACUUGGACGUAUCGACUACGCCGUCAACAGCGCCGGGGUUGAUUUAGAACAAUACCGGCAAUUGACUCCAUUUGUCGACCUUAAUGUCUUCUCUAAGAUGGUCGAUGUCAACAUCAAGGGCGCUGUGUAUUUUGUCAGGGCUGUCAUGGCUGCAAUGUCCAAGCAGGAACCCCUCUCAUACACGGGGCGCUAUGGUAUACGCAGUCUCGGCAGAGGCUCCAUCGUUCUACUCGGCUCAUCGAAUUCCUACAUUGGCGCGCCGGGAAUGGUUUCGUACACAACCGGAAAACACGCUAUUAUCGGUCUCAUGAAGGCCGCCGCUGUCGACUCCUUGGCAUUGCAGAGCCACAUUCGAGUCAACACCGUGUGCCCUGCUUGGGUUGAUACCACUAACACUGCAGUGGUGCAAGACUGCGUUAAGGUCAACCCACUGAUUGGGCAUGCCAUAUCCAACAUGACCCCCCUGAAGCGGGCAGCCACUCCCGAUGAAGUGGCUGACACCAUUGUCUUCCUGUCCAGUCCUUAUGCCAGCUUCAUCAAUGGGACUGAUAUGAAAAUUGACGCAGGCAUGACUUUGCCGCCCCCUCCCCCUCUUCCAGUGGACUACAUUCCCUAG